CUCCGCCAGCGCAUUCUUUAGCAAACCGGAAUAACGUAGAGCUGACAGUUCAAACCACAGCCUCAGACGCGGCGUCAGACGGGGGGUUCGCAGUUACACCACCCCUCUUUCGGUCCCGAGCAACUCGACGUCUCUCGGUCUCACCAAAGGAGGAACCGUGUCGUUUUCGCGGACUAAAGGGAGACUUUCAGCGGGACGGAAGGGAAGAGAACCAGGCAUCCGGUUAGACGCGCUGGCUCACCGGGCUGGAGUCCAACUUGAGCCGGACACUUUCAGCUAUCUUCGUCGGGAUGCGCGCUGGACUUGUUUUUGACAAUAUUUACCCGUCUUUUUGAAGAUUAUGGUCUAUCUAGGAAUCGAUUAGGCUCGAGCGGGACUGUUUUUGUCAGUAACGUUAGUUGUCCAAUAGACGAAAGCUGGAGCGCUAGUUCAAGCUCAGAUGUGAUUUAUCUACUCAGCUGGCUGGGCAGAUAGUUUAGGUCGUCGAUUAGAUAAGUCGCCUGAUUAUAUUCCUUACAUAAUACCAUUGUUUUGUUACCGGAAUAGUUACAUUUUUAUGUUAAUCCAGCUUUCUUAACGUCUCUUUGCCAAGUCUCACAUAGGGUUUGGUUUGUGUGUCUAUGCAUAUUUCUCGCAAGCAAACCUGUCAGAGUUCUUGACUGGUUAAGUCUUUGUUCCAGUAUAAUAGUAGGUUUAUAAAGGUAGGAAAAACCACAGAACAGAUUUGCCUAUCUAAUCUAAAGCUAGUCUGUGGGUGCUUCCUAUAUCCAUUUCGUUUUCUUUCAAAAGGUCUUUAUUGGUGUGGCUCAAGCUGGCGGACAGGUGAUAUUUUUUGUCUGAAUCCUCUGAGCUGGCCUGACUGAUAGCUAUGACAUUUUCCAACAGUUGUUUUGUAUCUUCAGACUUCAAUAUUUCCAGUAUCCGCUCUUGGUGCCAACGUUGUAUUAGUAAUAUUAGCUAACAAAAGCUCAGUUCGCCCCUCCAAAUUAGUUACGGCAUAUCUAGUUGUGACAUUUUUACUAGUUAGAUCAAGUUUUCCUUCCUUUUUUUUUAUAACUGUAUAAAUUAGUGCCAGUUGACUUGGUGGCUGGUUCGAAACGUAUCAAACUCAACAGUUUGUGUAUUUUUGUAAAACCGUGGAAAGACGCACCUUUGCAGCAAGACCAGGUCAAGUUUAGCGGUCAUUUUUUUUCGUAUCUCAGAGUUGAAUCAAAAAUGUCAGGACAGUCCAUCACAGAUCGCAUCGCAGCGGCCCAGCACAGCAUGACUGGGUCGGCCAUCAGCAAAGCCGUCUGCAAGGCCACAACGCACGAAGUCAGUGGACCCAAAAAGAAACACCUCGAUUACUUGAUCCACUGUACCAAUGAGAUGAAUGUGAAUGUGCCCCAGCUGGCCGACACUCUGUUUGAAAGAACCACCAACAGCAGCUGGGUUGUGGUCUUCAAAGCGCUCAUCACCACACACCACCUAAUGAUGUAUGGAAAUGAGCGUUUCAUUCAGUAUCUGGCCUCAAGAAACACGCUGUUCAAUCUGAACAAUUUCCUUGAUAAAGGUGCAUUGCAAGGCUAUGACAUGUCUACGUUCAUCAGACGGUACAGCAGAUAUCUCAAUGAGAAGGCCCUUUCCUAUAGACUGGUGGCUGUGGACUUCACCAAGAUGAAGAGAGGUAUUGAUGGAGUCAUGCGCACCAUGAACACAGAGAAGCUGAUCAAAACGUUGCCUAUCAUUCAAAACCAGCUGGACGCGCUGCUGGAUUUCCAGGCUAACCCUAAUGAGCUGACUAACGGAGUGAUCAACGCUGCCUUCAUGCUGCUCUUCAAAGACUCCAUCCGUCUGUUUGCUGCCUAUAAUGAGGGCGUUAUCAACCUGCUGGAGAAAUAUUUUGAUAUGAAGAAAAACCAGUGUAAAGAUGCCCUGGACAUCUAUAAGAAGUUUCUGUACAGGAUGACCAAGCUAUCAGAGUUUCUUAAAGUGGCUGAGCAAGUUGGGAUUGAUCAGGGUGACAUCCCAGAUCUCACUCAGACAACUAGAGGAUCUUACCUUGCUCCCAGCAGUCUCCUGGAGGCUCUUGAGCAGCACCUGGCCUCUCUGGAGGGAAAGAAAACCAAGGAGCUUUCCGCUGACAACAGAGCCAACACUCUGUCCAACGCGGUGUCUUCCCUGUCCAACACGGGCAUGUCCUUCUCCUUCUCAUCCAGCAGGAUGGACGAGAAGGAGAAACAACAGGCCCUGGAGGAGGAGCAAGCCCGUCUGCAAGCUCUCAAGAACCAGCGUCUGAAGGAGAUCGGCAUGCAGACCCCCUCUGCCUCUCCCAGCACACAGUCUGUGGGUAGUGCCAACAACCACACUGCGGGCAUGGACCUGUUCACAAACACCACAAGCCCACCCUCGACAAACAGCAUGCCAAACCUCAACAGUGACUUGUUUGACCUCCAGCCUGCCUUCGUUCCUGCUGUGCAGAGCACUCCUAUCUCCACCGCCAGCAGUGCCUGGGGAGGUCUAGAAAGCAGCACUCUUCAUCCCAUGGCUUCCAUGCCCACCAUGAAUGUAGAUUUUGAUGCUGUAUUUGGGACUAAAGCUUCCAAUAGUGAUGUGAAGCCAUCAGCUGGUUAUGAUGCAUUAGGAGACUUGUUGAAGCCCACGGUGACGGUUCACACUCAGGCGCCGGUCAUGGCUCAUCACACAGGCAGUAAACUGUUGGCCAAUGACCUGGAUUCAUCUCUGGCCAACCUCGUAGGCAACCUGCAGUUUGGGGGAACACCAGGCAAAAAGUCUGAUAUGCAGUGGACUCAGCCUGGAGAGAAGAAGCUGACCGGUGGCACUAACUGGCAGUCAAAGACAAUGAGCAGCACCACUGCCUGGAGCCCUGCCCCCUUGCCACCUGCUGCCAUGCCACCUGCAGCCAUGCCCGUGCCACACAUGCAGACUGGAAUGUUCUAUACUAGUUAUGCUCCUGCUCCCAUGGCGUUUCCCAUGACAACACCUCAAGUGCCUGUGUAUGGAAUGGUCCCUCCUCAGCUGGGACAGAUGGGAGGGGUUCCAGUAAUGACCCAACAGCCCAUGUUGUACAACCAGCCUGUUCUCAGACCCACUAACCCUUUCAACCCCAUCCCUGGAGCCCAGAUGCAGUUCAUGUAAGUAGCACUUAAGCAGAGCGCCAAACAGGACAGCUGAAAAGAACAAGAAGCUAGUGAGAGGAGGAUCCGACUACCACCAAAUAAAAGGAGAUCGAGACCAAAAGAAAGAGCGUGCAUAUGGAGAGGAAUGUGUUUGUGUCAAGAAUGCUUACCUCACUGUCUGAAACGGCUCACCCAACACACACACACACACACACACACACACACACACACACACACACACACACACACCCCAGAUGAGAGCGCAUACACUGUCAUUUUUCAUCUGAGGUUCAUUUCUUUCCUGGGGCACAGUGUCUACUGGCAGGUGUUAUACAUCAUAGAAAUAGUGGAUUUUAUUGCAGAUAUUAAAUUACCAUGUACAUAGCACUCUUUUUCUUUUUUUUUAUUCCUAAUUAAUAUAAAUUAGAUCUAAAGCCCAACACAAUGGACUUCCUGUUACUGUCAUCUUUUGCUUCAUUACGAAGAUGCCCAUGCUGAGUUCGGGAAAACGGUGAAUGUCAAAGUAAAUCCCCUGAAUAGUGCAGCUUACUACAUCAUAAACAUGUUUAAAUGGCUCAUUAACACAAUGCCCCGGCUUCUCAUUUCAGAACAAGGAAAGAAUUUGACCCCUUAUGUAAGGUGCCCUGCACCCUCAAGCACUUUACACAUGCAUUUAUGUGUAACCUAAUAUAUAACAUUGAGCUGGUCUCUUAUAACUACAACGUUAGUCGUCUAAUGGUAACAGAUAACGUUACUGUUACUGCUGGUUACUGUUCAAAAUGGUCAGUCAAUCCUUAUUUGUUUAUAAUGUUUUAAAGGUUUCCGUUUCAGUCGUGAUGGUGGUCUUGCACAUACAUAUGCACGCAUUGGUGUUAUUGAGCCACAUGAAGAGCCCUCUCUCACUGGCCUCCCACCUUGUUUUGUCACUCCAAGGACACUGAUAAAAACAUAUCUGCUCCCGCUCUUCUGUGUUAACCAAACAUAUCACGCAUUUAUGACUACAUCUCACACUCUAAACCCACUCCCCAUGUACCACCCUCCCUGGGAGCGGGUGACCGGAAGCAUCGGAGAAGGGUACAGGGCAUGUGGUGUAGCCCUAUUCAAAAAAAAAAAAAAAUCUGUUUUUAAUGAGGGUUUUGUUUAAGCCUAUGUUUUUUUUUUUUUUUUGUUUUUGUUGUUUUUCUAGAAAGCAUGUUAUAUAUAUAUAUUAUUAUUAUUAUUGUUAUUAUUUUUAAUUUUUUUCAGAAAAUGACAUGACUCAUGAUCUGUUUUAUGUUGCCAAAUUAUGUACAUUUGUGAUUCAAGAAAUGCCAUAAGCUAGCUCUUGUACUCUGCGCCUGACAGCGCGGUUCGUUCUCUGAAGGACGUGCGUAUUGGUGUUUGCCAACUUUGGAACCAAAAUCAAUAGCUAAAAUCUACUUUUAGUCUGUUUUUGUGCAGUUCCUCGCAAUACGGGGCGCUGUUAACAGGGUAUCUUUAUUUUUUGCUUGUGCAGCCAAAGUAUUUUCGGUCUUUCUGAAAUCCCUUUAACCCUUUCUAGAACUUCAGCUUUCACAUCAUCCCAUAAUUCCUGCUUUGUUUCUUCGUGCUACAUUUAGUUUUUCCUUCUGCAUAUACUGAUGGAACAUUACUGGAGAUGUGGAGUGGUUGCAGUUGUGCUAUAGUGCUAUAAUGAGCUCCAAGAAGCUGUGCUUUACAGUGAAUUUUUUAUUUUUAUUUUUUAAGUCUUACUGAUUUUUAAAAUAAAAUGGCUUCAUGGAGCUUAUUGCCCCUUUUUUUUUUUUUUUUUUUUUUUUUUUUUUUUUAUGAUCACUACCUUUCGCUGGUAAGGUUUUGGAACGUAAACACACAGCAACAAACAUUUAAUAAUUUAUUGGUAACAAAUAAUAAUCCUUCCUGUAAGCAAUGCAGUUCUUCUGCAGUGUUUAGCAGAAUAGUUGCCAAGCAAUGCAGAUUUAGUAAUAUUGAUAUAAUGAGGUCACAGGUGUGCGUUUAAAGAGCUGAUCAAGGAAUGGAAUUUUCCGUUUUGUAAGAGAUUGUGAUUUUUUUGUAGUGGCACGUGUUAUAAAGAGGUUAUGACUUGUUUAUAACAGUCUGUCUUAAAUCAUCAGAAUGGUUUUAGAAAUGUGUAAAUAAGACAUCCUUUCAUCGGUCACUUGCACAAGGUUCAGCUCACUUACAAAGAUAAUCCACCCAAAAAUGAAAAUUCUGUCAUCAUUUACCCACUUUGAAUUAAUUCCAACCCUGCAUGCACUUAUUUCUUCUGCUGGACAUGAAAGCGUGCUUUUGUGUUUCACAGAAGGUCAGACAUACGCGUUUGGAGCUCCGUUAGGGUGAAUAAAUGCUGACAAAAUCUUUCCUUUUUAAUUCUGAAUCUGACUUUCCAUCAGUUCAAGUGUGGUCAUUGCUUUUGUGUUGUUAAAGCCAUCCUCUACUGCAAGUUUUAUAUUGUUGCUGUAAUGCGUGUGACCGCCUGCCCUUCUGUUUGUAGAAACAAUGUGCAUCGUGUUUCUCUGCUUGCUUAAUUCUGUGCGAGUGCGCGAGUCGGUUACUAAUUCUUCACUGAGCGUCUCUUAACAUGCUUGUGAGUUUAUUCUCCUUUGAGCGCCGUCAGGGGGUCCGACAGGUUCAGACUGAACGCUUUUUAUAUGCAGGCUCAAUGUUGAUGCUCUCUCUGGGUUUGCAAGGUAACGGGGCGCAGAGGAGCGAUGCUGUUUAAUUAGGAUCUAUUCUAUUAUCCCGUCACCGGAGGCUUGAAGUGUGUGUAGCGAGAGAGUGAAUGUAUGAUUGUGAGCUUCAGGGAGGGUGAAAGAUCUCAAGAUGUACAAGGGUGCUAUCAUGAGCCAGGGUUUCCAUGGUAAUCUCCAGUUUCUGGUCCUUGGUACAGGUCUGUGAGCACAGCAGCAUUUGUCUUCUUUUUUUUUUUUAAUAUUAUUAAAAACCCUGCAUGCAUUAACAGCCCAUGCUGUGGUAAAGACUGUCUGAAGAUGCAAGUUUCUUUGGCAACCUAGUGCUUUUGGAUAACCUAUAGGCUUGUUGACUUGUUUCACUGGCAACGGGUCAUGAUUGCUUUCUCUCUGACACACCAAAGGCUUUUUUUCGAACUUUGUUUUGCUGAGUUGAGGCGUUCAGGGAACGAGCUUUCAUUUUUGUUUAGAAUCCCAUGCUAUGCACGGAAACGUUCUUGCUUUCACAGCUCCCCCUUGUGGUUACUGUUUGUCAUCUUUUAUAUAAACAGCUGUUAGCGUUCUGUUAGCUGUUUAUGGGGCGGUUGUGCACACAAAGCAAAUGUCUGAGUGUAUUGGACUCAUCGCUCUACUUUCAUCCUUUAUUUUAGAGCUGAAGAGCAGCCAGCUCUGGUGUACUUCUAAACUACUUAGCCUGAUUUUAUACAUCUCGGCUCGACUCAUUAGCUGGCCUGGAAUACUCAGCUCAGCAGCGGCCUUUCAGAAUUGAUGUGUCAGCUUGUGGCGCACGUCUCAGACCUCUAGUGGGGAUUCUUGGUGUUCAGGGUCCUUUUCACCUUCGUGCUGUCAUGGAGCUCUCCUGGCUUCUUUGGCUUUAGUGUUUUUGUUUGAUGUGGGCUAUUUGUCUGCUACACUUUUAUUACCAUCUUUUUGUCCUUAUUUUCCUGUUACAGAGAUAUAUGCAGUAUAUUUAGAAAUAUGUAUUCGGUAGAAGCGCCAUCAUCCCUGUGUAUCAGCCCAGGGGAGCAAUGCAGCAACAAUUUUUUUUUUCUUUUAUCCAUUUAUCAUCUAAUGCCACAAAAGGAGAACACAAAACCUCCAUGUUUAUGCCUAUUUCCCCACUGUACUAUUAUAAUUUUUUAAUUUUUUGGUAAUUUAUUUAUGCAGACCAUAAGGAGUUUAUCCAGCAUGGUGAAAAUGAAAAGCAGAAAUUGUGGGAUUGUGUUUAACAUUUUUGUCUUUCAUUUUGUCUGACAUUCAUUCACAUAAAUAAAGUCCCUUUUUAUUCCUGAGUUGUUGGUUAUUUUUUUUUGUUUGGUUUCAUUCUGUCUGUCAUCCUAUUCAUUAAGUUUUAUCCCAAGCAGGAAAAUCACUGCCCUCGAGUUCAUUUUAGGUGUCCGGCUCUUUUGUUUUCUCUUCUCCGGCCUCUUGAAAUUGCACUUCAUUCCUGCCUCACGGCCCAUAAUGCAGGGUUUUUACAGUAUGAACGCACGUUUUAAAUACCUGGUCAAAUUUUGUGUAGUGCCGUGUUGUGUUGUUUUCUCGUCUGUCAAUGUGAUUUCUGUUGAAUCUAUUGCACGAGUUUCACUGCAACAGGAACCACCUGAUUUUUUUCUUUGUAGCACUUUUUGACAGUUGACUCUGAAACAGGAAAAUCAACCAAUGUUUCUUUGUGUAUCUCUUCUGUUUUAAGACCAACUUCAACUGUUUAGAAGUUGUCCAAACAGUGAAACGUGUAUGUGGAUGUGGUUAUGAUGUUUGGAAAAGGAUGUACAGCAACACCUGCCAUAUUGUGUUCCUUUUUUCCCCAAUUUCUCACCAAGUCUUUGGCUGUUCGGUCCAUCUAAAAGAUAAAAUGGUUCGGUGACCGUUUGCCAUCAUGGCGCGAAGGUAAUUCCUGGACAAUAUGGCAAUGCAUUUCACUAGUUACUAGUUACUAAGUAACUAAAUCUGGUUUGGGUCAUUCACUUGCUCUCAACUCUUCUGAAGGUUGUGGUCUGUGAUUUGAAGCUGUGACUAGUGAUGUUCUCUUCUAUAUAAAUGAUUUGAGCUCCACCACGUUCUGUACCAUUGGGGAAAAGGAAUCAGACAUGUCUGGUUGUGCUUGUACAUCAGCGCUCUCAAGUCUGGUAGGACGCUUGUAUCGGUUGUCAGCGAAACCUUUAAUCUGUAACUAAACCUGAAUCAAACACCCUCUUCUUCGACUUUUCAUCUGCGACUGCCUUUGGUUUCCCCGUGAGCUUCAUGAACCAUGCGGCACUGGUUGAAGUCAAUGAUCUUAUGAUACCAGUCUCUCCUGAACUGUCGUUUGUACGCCUGCAAUGAGAUGCUCAACCCAGGACCAAGAGACCUGAUGGAUUUAACUCCAUUUUCUUUCGAUCGCUUUAUAAUUUGUACCUGUUUUCUUGCAUGUUUUUGUAUCUGACAUGCCUGGGAAAGUUUCACAGUUCCAUGUAACGUUUGCAAAGUUCUAUUAAAUAUGGUGCUGUUUUUUAGUAAGCAGUUGUUGUCGUAGUGAUGGACGGGUUCUGUGUAUAUCUGUUAUUUUUUAUGAUUUAUCAGUGGUUGGUUGUGCUGAUCUGGUAUGUUAUAUUCCUCCUUGCGAUUUUUGCUUGAGUCAGUUUUUGUAAGUUCUUUCAUUCUUUCUGUCUCGGUCUCUGUUUUGUUGUCUGUAUUUGUGAAGAAAAUUUAUGGUUGCAAGCCUCUAACCUGAACCAUGAGUGAAUGCCUUGUGAAUAAAUGGAUUUAACGCUCGCGCUCACCGGUUUCUUAAUAAAGGACAUUUUUAACAGA